CAAGCGGACGUCCACCAGCAACCAGCGCGACACAAGUGCGCGCUACAGGCGAGAGAGGGAGAGCGAGGCACGGCACGGCACGGCACGGCACGGACGGCAGCAGCAGCAGCAGCAGCAGCGUUGGGUUACCGGGAGCGACGACGCGGCGUGCGUGUGUCUUGUCUUUUGUUAAAGGAGGGGGGGAGGAGGAAACCGGCGACUGGACUGGAUGGUGGAUUUGUUUAUCUUCUGGAUUUGGAUCAGGGGCUAGGAUAACUUCGCACGGGACAAAAACCCGCCUUCUUUUUCAUGUCAUCCACCGAUUUGUUUCGCCCGGCGUGUUGACGCCAGUGGUGGAGGAAGAAGAAGAAGAAGGGAAUCUUUCUUUUGCUGUUUUUUUCUUUCUUUCUGUAUUUAUUCUGACAGACAGGCGGCAUGCACACGCACACGCACGCGUUUCCAUCCGACAGCUGCGUUUUUUAAUGAACGCGUUUGAACGCGCAGCUUUUUGGAAAUAAUGCAGCAACGUGGGUCCGCCGUGAACGCAGACCAGGCGAAAGAUGCUCUGCCGCUGCACGCUUGAAGGGUUUUUUGCACCGUAGGGCAGUGUGUUAUUGACGAUUUAUUAUUAUUAUUAUUAUUAUUAUUAUUUUGCACGGCGUGGAAUAAUGCAUCGAAACACAACUUUGUUCACAGGCCUGACACACACCGAGGCGUUUGAUCACCUCCUCUAAGAAUAAAUUAAAAGGAAAAGUGCAUUUAUCUGCUCGCCUAUACGCGCCGUAGUAAUCCUCUUAUUCCUGAAUACAGCUACUGCUCCUGUGCCAUUUAUCUCCGUUUCCUUGUCUGCUCAUGUCAGUGAUUGCGUUAUUUGGAUAAAUCCCCCCACACCUCCCCAAAAAUCUCCCCGGGAGUCGCGUUGCCAGAUGAUUGGUAAAUUGUUGAUGUAGGCAGGCCUAACCUUCGCUUUAUGCAGAUCCAAUCGAUAGCCAGAUAAAGACGGGCUCCUGGCAGGCUGUUUGCGUCUCUCUGCAAGUGUCACGGGGGUGUGUUUUAAAUCCCGCGUAUCUGUUUUUUACAAAUGCUCCGACGCAUCAGAGGCGCGCACGGUAGAGGAGUGUGAGUGUCAUAACACUGUGUAGUCUCGUAAGGAAGCGUCUCCAGUCAAAAGUUUCAAUGGUUUUCCGAAAAUUGCCCGGUGUGUCGGCAUCGGGCAUGGGUCUGCGCUUGUCCCAGAAAUUCGUCUUUCUGCUCUUUCUCUCCGGUUUGGUAACACUGUGUUUUGGGGCCCUUUUCUUUUUGCCUGACUCUGUCCGACUAAAACGCAUGUUUCUGUCCAAGACAGAGAGCCAGCCGGUCACUGUUGGCUCCGGAUCCGGGUCCGAGAACGAUGCAAGGGAGCAUUUAAAAAGACCCAAGGAUCAGGAGCACCCUCGGGGUAUGACCUCAGCCAAAGGAGAGACCAGCAGCAGCACCAAGCUGAAAAGUCUGAGCCGCAAACCGUCCGUCUCUCAUGAGGCGACCGAGGAGCGGCUCGCCGGUGGGAAAGCGCAAGAGGAUUUGACUCUAACCAGAUCCAAAACGGAGUCCGCCUCGGAGAAGGCGACCGCUUCUGACCAUCAUGGUGCCAACUCGGAUACUUUCACUUACGCGAAGUUCAAGAGGUGUCUGCUCAAACCCCCGCUGGGGAGAGACAACGGGAAACCGAGCGACCCCAAGACCAACGAGCGCCGGGAGAAAGUCAAAGAGAUGAUGAAGUUUGCCUGGGACAACUACAAGCGCUACGCCUGGGGCAAAAACGAGCUGCGGCCUUUGACGAGAAACGGGCAUAUCGGAAACAUGUUUGGCGGCCUGAGAGGAGCCUCCAUCAUCGACUCACUGGACACGCUAUAUAUUAUGGGACUGAUGGACGAAUAUAAUGAUGCCAAGGAGUGGGUGCAGACCAGCUUGGACCUCAACUCGAACGGCGAGGCGUCACUCUUUGAGGUGAACAUCCGUUAUGUUGGCGGCUUGCUGUCGGCGUACUACCUGACAGGAGAGGAGGUCUUCAAGAAUAAAGUAAUGGAGCUGGGAGAGAAGCUGCUGCCCGCCUUCAACACGCCAACAGGAAUCCCCCGAGGAGUCAUCAACCUGGGGAGCAGUGGCACCAGUUGGAGCUGGGGCUGGGCCUCAGCCGGGAGCAGCAUCCUGGCUGAGUUCGGUACUCUUCACCUGGAAUUUGUCCAUUUGUCGGAGCUCUCAAGAAAUCCCAUCUACACGGAGAAGGUGAUGAACAUCAGAAAACUACUGAACAAGAUUGAAAAACCCCACGGCCUGUACCCUAACUUCCUCAGUCCAGUCAGCGGCAACUGGGUCCAACAUCAUGUUUCCAUCGGUGGCCUCGGGGAUAGUUUCUACGAGUAUCUGAUCAAAUCGUUUCUGAUGUCAGACAAGACAGACGACGACGCGAAGAAGAUGUACUACGGCGCGCUGGAGGCGAUUGAAGCUAACCUGGUACAGAAGUCACCUGGUGGUCUCACCUACAUGGCCGAGUGGAGGGGAGGGAUCCUGGAUCACAAGAUGGGUCACCUGGCCUGCUUCUCUGGGGGCAUGAUCGGCAUCGGGGCCGACGAUGGAGCGCCGGAGAAGAGGCAACACUACCUGGACCUGGCUGCCGAGAUCACACACACAUGCCACGAGAGCUACGCUCGCUCAGCCACCAAACUGGGACCUGAGGCGUUCAGAUUCGACGGCGGAGGUGAAGCCACAGCAACCAGGCUGAGCGACAGAUAUUACAUCCUGAGACCAGAAGUCAUCGAGAGCUACAUGUACAUGUGGAGACUGACCCACGACCCUAAAUACAGAGAGUGGGGUUGGGAGGCCGUUGAGGCCCUGGAGCAACACUGCAGAGUGGAGUCUGGCUUUUCUGGGAUCCGUGACGUUUACACCAUGACGGUCAGCCAUGAUAACAUGCAGCAGAGCUUCUUCCUCUCAGAGACACUCAAGUAUCUGUACCUGCUCUUCUCUGACGACGACCUUCUCCCACUGGAGGACUGGGUCUUCAAUACGGAAGCCCAUCCGCUGCCCGUCAUCCGCAAGAGCUGCCUGCAGGAGGAAGCAACACAGGAUAAGACAGUCUCCAAAUAAGACCUGGACAACCACCACAAAACAACUGAGACAGUUAAAAGACACCUUUUUUUGCACAGUUCAUGUGCAACACACACAGAGUCACACAAAUAUUGCAAACAACAAUUCAAUGCAGGUUCAGAGUCUUUUCAGGAGCGUGUCGGACUCUCAAUUCCUUUCCAGUAAAGGAUGUUGUCGUUUUACGCUGUGAUUGUAUAUCCUUUUGCCGGGCUAACUUCCUGCUGGCACUUCUAUUUUGUGGACAAUCAAGACAAACAUGACUUUCAUGAAAAGAGCACCUUUUUCUUUCCUUCUUUCCUCUGUGAGGAAACCAGUAUAACUUGCAGACCCAAAUGUAUGGGAGGAGGGUUGAACUAUGGGCCAUAUUGUUAGAAAGAGAGAGAAACGUAUAGAAAACCACUUGAGUUUUGCUCUUUUGAUUUUGUUGUUUUGUUAAUCUUAAGUGAUGAAUGAUUUCCUUCUAUCUCUCGUCAUUGCAUUUUCUUUUUCUUUUUUCCUUUCUUUGUGAGUACACUCUUUGACCAAAGGUUUCUUUGCAUUUCUAUUUUCCCUCUUUUCCAGUAAUGUGUUUUUGGUGAGACAGAAAGUUAAAUUUACUAUAAAGGACCGAAUUGUAAUGAAUAUUGAUUAAUGUACAGAAAAACAAUGAAAUGUGAUUCUCAAAUCCGCCUCCAAACUAAUGUUGAUGUCAUGUUUCUACGGAAACAAGCUUGAAUUAAUUUCUUUUUUCAAAGUUAGGAGGUGUCAGGAAAGUGGCAGUGUCUUACGCAUCCAGGGACCAUUUAUUAAAAGACUGAUGUUGGGUUGUGUUUCCACUGUAUGCUUGGGUUUCUUUUCUCAGUCCUCCCCCAGCCUUUCAAAUCAAAGUAACAAAUGGAGUACUGUCAGUUCUGUGGUUGUAAUACACGCAUAAAAAUGGAAAAAAAGAACGCAUUCGCUAGCCAGCUCCAAAUGGGUUUUCUUGUUUCUGUUGCCGUUAUUCCGCUUCACCCUGCCUUCACGUGUGAAUCCAUAAGGCUGCCGAUACCGAUGUUAAAGCCAGUAACCGAGAGCAGACUGCGGAGACGAGUUGUCAUUCUCAUCACUGUUCUUUUCAUCACUGCUGUCCUGCACAGUUGUGGAGUGAAUGUGCUGUACAUACAGAUGAAGUGAGUGACCCCUGUAUGAGCUUGUCUUGACUUUAUUUUGUGAUCUUUUCUUCUUCUUCUUUUUUCUUUCUUCUAAACUUCAGUGGUUAUUUUUUCUGGGUUCUCUUUUGAUUUGCUUCCCUCAGGUGUUUCAGUAAAAAAAAACUAAAAAAAAAACUAAAACGUUCUGAUUUUAAGUCUAGUUAUUGCUGAUAUUAAUUAUUGUUAUUACUUAUUCUUACUGUUUGAUUUAACUUUCAUUGUUGAAUAUUUUUAAAAUACUGAUAAAAAGACCUGUGCAACUUUGUACAUUUAAAACAA